AUGGAGCCCUCGGCCACCCCAGGGGCCCAGACUGGGACCCCCACUGGCGUUGGGGACCCAUCACCAUCCCUGGUGCCUCCUGACUACGAAGACGAGUUCCUGCGCUACCUGUGGCGUGAUUAUCUCUACCCAAAGCAGUAUGAGUGGGUCCUCAUCGCUGCCUACGUGGCUGUGUUCCUUGUGGCCCUGGUGGGCAACACGCUGGUCUGCCUGGCUGUCUGGAGGAACCACCACAUGAGGACAGUCACCAACUACUUCAUCGUCAACCUGUCCCUGGCUGACGUGCUUGUGACAGCCAUCUGCCUCCCGGCCAGCCUGCUGGUAGACAUCACUGAGUCCUGGCUCUUCGGUCAUGCCCUCUGCAAGGUCAUCCCCUAUCUACAGGCCGUGUCUGUGUCGGUGGCGGUGCUGACUCUCAGCUUCAUCGCCCUGGACCGCUGGUACGCCAUCUGCCACCCGCUGCUGUUCAAGAGUACUGCGAGGCGCGCCCGUGGCUCCAUCCUGGGGAUCUGGGCUGUGUCCUUGGCCAUGAUGGUGCCCCAGGCUGCCGUCAUGGAAUACAGCAGCAUGCUGCCUGAGCUAGCCAACCGCACCCGGCUCUUCUCCGUCUGUGAUGAACACUGGGCAGACGACCUCUACCCCAAGAUCUACCACAGUUGCUUCUUCAUUGUCACUUACCUGGCCCCACUGGGCCUCAUGGCCAUGGCCUAUUUCCAGAUCUUCCGCAAGCUCUGGGGCCGCCAGAUCCCCGGCACCACAUCAGCCCUGGUGAGGAACUGGAAGCGGCCCUCAGACCAGUCGGACGACCCGGGGCAGGGCCCGAGCGCAGAGCCCCCGCCCCGGGCCCGGGCCCGGGCUUUCCUGGCUGAGAUGAAGCAGAUGCGGGCGCGGAGGAAGACGGCCAAGAUGCUGAUGGUGGUGCUGCUGGUCUUUGCCCUCUGCUACCUGCCCAUCAGCGUCCUCAAUGUCCUCAAGAGGGUGUUCGGGAUGUUCCGCCAAGCCAGCGACCGAGAAGCCGUCUAUGCCUGCUUCACCUUCUCGCACUGGCUGGUGUAUGCCAACAGCGCUGCUAACCCCAUCAUCUACAACUUCCUCAGUGGCAAAUUCCGGGAGCAGUUUAAGGCCGCCUUCUCCAGCUGCCUGCCUGGCCUGGGUCCCUGCUACUCUCCGAAGGCCCCCAGCCCCCGCUCCUCUGCCAGCCACAAGUCCUUGUCCUUGCACAGCCGGUACUCCGUCUCCAAAGUCCCCGAGCACGUGGUGCUCACCACUGUCACCACGGUGCUGCCCUGA